CAAUUGAUAAGUCUCCUGCAGUGAACCCGAUUCCUCGUCCCCACGUCUCUAUACGCGGACUCUACUAGGAAUGGCCUCUAGGGGUCAGUAUUCAAACGGAAGGCGCUUUGACACAAACCGUACUUGCACUGAGGAUAACAAGAGCGCCGGCUGCCAGAUUGAUUCUUCCUGUACAAAAAAAAUUCCUUAAAGAGGCCGGAGCUUGCAAUCCAUCUGUGCUGCCUCCCUGUGCAUUAUGGGAAUGGUAGUCUUCAAAGACUCCAGCUGGGCUUGACUGCAAGGAGCCAAGACUACAAGUCCUAUAAUGCCGCGGGGCAAUUGGUUGGCCGUUCCUUUUGAAUGAUUUCACUGCGGUUUACAUUCUCAGGGAGUUUCGCAGCCGCAGUAAGAGACGGGGGCAGGAAUCAUGGUGUAAGCGCCGGGCGAUCGAGGAGCCAAGGAGCCUUCCCGGUUAAUGGCACGCCGAGCAAGUGGCGCUGGCGAGGAGAGAGCCAUGGUGGCCGGGGGACUGUCGGGGUUCUGAAGGUGCUGAGGGGGCGGAGGGUGCCGCGGGAUCCAUCCUUCUGCUUGCUUUCCCUGCCGCAUUUCCUUCCUUUUGCCGGUCUGGAAACCCCCCUCUGACCGCCUCUGCCUGCUGCAAAGAUGUCUCUAGCCAUGGAAGAGGAAGAAUACGCCAAGCUGGUGAUGGAAUCGGAGCCCGAGUGGCUGCGCGCCGAGAUCAAGCGGCUCUUCCAGGAGCUGGGCGAAACCACCCGGGAGAAGAUCCAGGCUGCGGAGUAUGGGCUGGUCGUGUUGGAGGAGAAGCAGCAGCUCAAGCAGCAAUACGAGGAGCUGGAGCUGGAGUACGAGACCAUCCGCACCGAGAUGGAGCAGCUGAAGGAGGACUGAUAUGUAUAUUGACACUAUCCGAUACUUUCCGGAAAGUAAUGAUAGACUGAAGACCAAGAAAUUGAAAUGAACUACCUAAAAGUUGGUACAAUAUUUGGAUGAAUGUUUCUCAAGGCUGAGAUUUAGGAAACUGGCUUAUCUUGGAUAAGGAGCACUUCCUCUGAAAUAACAGCUGUGUACAGUAGUUUGGUGUUCUAAUUAGUUACCAGAAGCAUAGGUUAUUCCAGUAGCAAGAAGCUUUGGCUAGUUGACAAGUAGGAUUUCAGCUGAAUGGAUCCUAAUAAUCUCUUGGCUGCAUUCUUUAUAUGGAGUUACCUUGAAGACUACAGAAGCUGCAACCACUGUAGUGUAAGACUCAGCUUUUUGAUCUUUAAGUAAGGUGACUAAAAAGAACCAUGUAACACGGUUUGCUUGUGAGCUGCCAGAACCAGUUUAAGGUAUUUAGUUUAUAGAGCCCUAAGCAGCUUAGAAUACAUUCUUUGCUUAAAAUGGUGUUUCUCUCAAUACCAUCUACCUGUUCUUUAAGAUCAGCUGGGAAGAUUCAACUCAUAGGCAAAGCAUCUUAGUGGCAACUUCCGAGUUACAAAAUUCUCUUCUAAAAUGUGCUUGGCUGAUCCCCUUGCUUGCUUCUUGAAGACAACAAACAGUUGUGAAGGAUAUGGUUGUUCACCAGCAAUUUGUAUGAUAAUAGGGUCAACUUUUAUUUUAGAUUGCCAGUUAUUUUGCUUUUCUAUUCUUUUUUUAAAUAAACAUUUUAAAUUUUGUGUGUAAUGUGCAUAUGUAUUGCUGUUUUUUUUAUUGUGAGGUGAUUUAAGAUCAUUUUUAUUUGUGUUGUCCUCUUAUAAAUCUCUAGGUGGGGUAAAGCCUGAAUAAAAUCUGCACUUUUUUCUCAGUUUGUAUAAGUAACAAAAUUCUGUUUGUGUAGAAUUUUAACUUGAUAUUCAUUGAAAGAUUGGAUAAAGGCAAGGCUAUGGAAAAUUAUAGUUCUGGUAUGUUUAUGAAGUUGUGGAGUCUUUGCCUAAUCUUUAACAGAUAUACAGUAUGUUGAGCAAUCAGCAGAAAAAAUUAGAUUUAUAAUGUGGUAG